AUGGCGAAUGCGAUUUUCAGUUUCGAGCAAAUUCUACAAUUUCGAGGAAAAGUUCUGACUGUUGCUUCGCAGGAUUUUGUUCAAGAAACAGUGGAGAAAUAUUUGAAAAUGCUGGAAAAUGACGAAGUUCCAUACACGAGUUUGGUGAUUAAUCGAUUGAAUGAAAAUAUUGUUGAUUAUGCGAAAAUGAUCGAGGGAUUGUUGAAUGUUUCGGAUUUCAAAAAUGAUAAUGGGUAAGCUUUAUUGAUGUUUAUGUAUCUAUGAUGAAAAAGCAAAUGUUUAUUUUUCAGAGUUUAUUGCACUUUCAACUUUGUUUCAAAAACUGGAAAACAAAUUGGAGUUAUCAUUUCGAAUUCUUUCUUCGCUACGACAACACAACAUCUCAAAUUUUGA